AUGGAAACUUUUGAGGAGUUAAUUCUCGAACAGCAACAACUGGGUCAAUUAAUCCAGAAAUUGAUUUCGAAUUUCAAAAAGGAUCCAAAAGAAAGGAAAUUGAAUAAAGCUUACUUUGAAGAACGUAAAAGGCGUUUAAUUAAAAUAUGGUGUGAAUUUGAAGAGAAUGACAACCGUAUCAGGAAUUUGUCAGAUGUCGAAACCACUCAUGAAUAUUUUACUAAUGAGGAUUAUUUAAAAACUAAAGACUUAGCAGAAUGCUACAUUGCUCGAUUCUCUCAGCAACUACAGGAGUUCAGUGAUGAAGCAAAUCUCAGCAAGAAGUCGCAAGUAUCUAAACAAACAGAAAUUUUAUGUCUCAUUAACAAGCAAAUGGGAAUGAAAAUAUCAUUAAAACGACUAUUGGAGAAGGUCCAAGGAGAUUUGGGAUCAAACACGUUUACUGCGUUGGAAAUAUACAAAAUAAAAAUCAACAAGUUGUGGCAAGAAAUUGAGGAACUCAAUUUUAAUAUAUGGGAAAUCGCUAGUGACCCACUAUCAAUUGGUUACAAUAUAGACGAAUAUCAACAAUUAGAGGAAUUAAUACAACAAACUUUGAUUUCAAUUUCUGAGCUGAUAAUAACAAAACAACCACAUGUAGUUACAACAGAGGUAACUAACAAUCCAAUCCAAUUACCGAAGGUGUCUAUACCGCGAUUUGACGGAGAUUAUCUUAAAUGGACACAAUUUUAUGAUAUGUUCUCUCAAAUGGUAGACAACCAAUCACUACCCAAGGUACAAAAGAUGUGGUUUUUAAAAAAUAAUUUAUCAGGAGAAGCAGAGAGGCUUAUCAGACAUCUGCCAACUACCAAUGAUAGUUACGACGUAGCAUGGAAGAUACUUCAGGAGAGAUACAGGAAUAAGAGGAUAUUAACAACCAUGUUAAUACAACGGCUGCUCGGACAACCUCAAUGCUCUGGCACUGCAAUAUCUCUAAAGUCACUACAUGAUGUAAUACAUGAAUGUUUGUUGGCAUUAAAUAACUUAAAUGUUCAAACAGAUCAUUGGGAUCCACUCCUUCUUCAUUUAUUAACAAAGAAGCUGGAUGCAACUACACAUACGUUGUAUGAGCAAUCAUUGGCAAGACCAAAGGAAUUACAAUCAAUGACAGGGUUUCUAAGUUUCAUUGAAACACGUUUUCAAACUCUGGAAGCUAUCGGCCAAAAGAGUACUACCAAUAAUGACGUAAAGGUAUGUAAUACCGCAACAAUCAACAAAUCAACCAGGCAAUCAUGCAUAUAUUGUAAGCAAGAUUUACAUCAAAUAUACCAAUGCAAAGGGUUCUUACAAGCAAAUACUUUUGAACGACUACAAUUUGUUGAAAAACAAAACUUAUGUCGUAACUGUUUGCGACCAGGUCAUAUAGCAUACAACUGUAAAUCAGGCAAUUGUAUCAAAUGUAAUCAAAAACACAACUCUUUACUACAUGUAAACUCAUGGGUUAAUGGCACUGAAAAACAAACAACAAUACCAAAGUCUAACAAUACUCAACGCAAUGUAAGCACAGGUUUAAGCGUUGAUCAUCAAGCAUCAUUAACUAUUGCAAGAAAGGACAAUAAACAGCAAUAUGUAUUCUUAGGAAUAGCAACUAUAAGAUUAUUGGCACAUAACGGCCAAGAAAUUCAAUGUAGAGCAUUAUUAGACUCAGGUUCUCAAGUUAAUUUAAUGACCGAGAGGGUAGCUCAUCGACUAGGAAUAACUCCAAAAGCAACAUCAAUGCGUAUAAAUGGAGUUGGUAACACCACAAAGGGUGCUCGUCAAAGAAUCAGCACUGUCUUUAAAUCAAUGAAUAGCAAUUUCAAUACAAAUUUAGAAGCAUUUGUGUUACCACAUAUUAUUGCUCCACAACCAACACAAUGUGUCAAUAUCAGUUCAUGGAACAUUCCAAAAAAUAUUACAUUAGCUGAUCCUAACUUCAAUGAGCCACAAAAAAUAGACGUAUUAUUAGGAGCUGAAUUUUAUCCACAUCUCUUGACGUCAGGGCAAAUCCAAUUGGGAGUUGACAAACCAAUACUCCAGAAUACUACUCUUGGAUGGGUUGUAAGUGGCAAACUAUCAGAAACAGCAAAAGGUGACGCUGUCUGUUGUAUGUUUAGCGAAGAAGAAGAUUCGCUAAAUAAUCUCCUCGUCCGAUUUUGGGAUCUUGAAGAAUCAGCACAAAAUUCAAAACUACUGUCUGAUCAAGAAAAAUUAUGUGAAACUCAUUUUGUGGAAAACUUGAAACGUACUAAAGAAGGCAGAUUUAUUGUGAAAUUGCCACUUAUUGACAGUGUAUCAACAUUAGGAUCCUCUAGUGAAAUUGCACAACGCAGAUUUUUCUCUCUUGAACGACGGCUGUCAAAAAAUGAAGCAUUAAGGGCACAAUACGUGCAGUUUAUGACUGAGUAUAAAGAUCUCGGUCACAUGGAAGAAAUUCAACCUGAUGACAUCAUGGCCUCACAUUAUUUCAUUCCUCAUCAUUGCGUGAUAAAACCAGAUAGCACCACGACAAAAUUACGUGUUGUGUUUGAUGCAUCUAGUAAAACUUCAUCAGGUCGAUCAUUGAAUGACAUUAUGCAUACUGGUCCUGUGGUACAGAGCGAUCUAUUCUCAAUAUUAUUACGAUUCAGAAUUCCAAGAUACGCUUUCACAACGGACAUUGAGAAAAUGUAUAGGCAAAUACUUAUUCACCCAGAAGAUCAAAUGCUACAAUUAAUCAUUUGGAGAAAUAAUCCACAGGAGCCGCUACGAUUUUAUAAACUAAAAACUGUGACAUAUGGGACUCGAUCAGCUCCAUACUUAGCUACCAAAUGUUUACAAACUUUAGCAAGAGAAAGUUCUGGUACUUAUCCAUUUGGAGCAGAGACCCUACGAAGAGAUUUCUAUGUCGAUGAUGGAUUAUGUGGCUCUAACAGUCUGAUAGAGGCUAAGGUGAUUCAAGAACAACUAAUUAACAUUUUGAAAUCAUAUUGUUUUAAGCCAAGAAAAUGGUGCGCUAAUCACCCAUAA